UAUAAUCCCAUAGUCACACUUCCUUGUUGGCUUCAUGAGAGCGAACAGAGGUUGCAGCGCGGUUCUGCUACACAGGCGCGCGACCGCGCGUUCGAACAUCAGGAAAUAUUUGGACGUGUGUCAUGUCUACAACAAUGAAUGCGAGCAGCUCACAGUUUAAAGAAUAGCGUUUUUUGAACUCGUAUAAGAAGAUAUUAAACUUUUGAAUCACUAUUUUACUAAUUCUAAAUAAUUUUUGUAAAGCCUCAUAAUAUACUGUGUUGUCGAGGGAUUUGCCCCAGGCAUUCAAUAAAACCGAAUUCUUUGUGGUGUUGAGCGGUAUCGAGCUGAGGCGAUGGAUUUUUGUUUAGCUGCAGGAUCAGCUUUUGGCCGGAAAAUGCCAGAAUAUGACAGUCCAUUUCAUUAUGAUUAUGAAUCCCUGAGGAUCGGUGGUCUGAUCUUUGCUGUGAUCCUCUUCUUGAUGGGGAUCUUCCUCAUUAUCAGUCAGAAAUGCUGCUGCAAAGGGAACAAGUCCAAGCCAGUGGGUCUCGACCCAGAGGCAGCCAGAGGUGCAAAAUAAAGUUAACCGAGGGAACCGAGAAAAAGGUGACACUGCCUCCACUUUUGGAUUCAUUGUGAUGUUCUAUAGCCUGCAUAAAUGUUUACGACUUUGUAUCUCUGGUGUUUUUAAUGGAAAGCAUGGCUCCUUAAGGAGAAAUCUUAAUCAGAACUUUGACCAUUCAGAAAAGAAAAAGUUGAGCAUUUAGUUCUUCUAGUGUUCACAAUUUUUUAAUCGUCUUUGUUUCCUAAAUAUGUGAGUAUGAGUGAUCCUUUAAAAAAAAAAGUUUUAAAAACGUUUAAAUAAAACCAUUGAUUCUCAGCUAGAACAACUUAUAAUGUUUAACUACCUUUGAUAGUCCUCCCCCCUCACCUUUUGUAAUGUUUUUUAUUUUUAUUUUGUCUCCCAGUGAAGUGCUCAGUAUAGCUAAAAGCAAAAAGUAGGCAUUUUAUAUAUUUUGUAAAUGGUCCAUUCUGAUUUUUUCAUGUUGCAGAAGUAACAAAUCUAACUGUAGGCCUACACUGUUGUUGAAAAAUAAAAUGAUUUUCACUGAAA